AUGGCCGUGCAAAUUUCUAAGAAGAGGAAGGUUUGUGCCGAUUUAUCUUUAGUUUUAGAGUUUUUAAUUCACUUAAACAGAAACCAUCCUUAUAGUUAAGUUAAUUUCUGCGGCCCAUGUCAUUUGAGUAGAAUUAAGAUAUGCUGUAGCUUUUUUGGAAGCCACAGCCGGUGAACUAGUUCGUUAGCAUGCUAGCCAGCACGCGCACAUGAUCCCAUACUGUACUGAACAAGUGCCGAAAUAUAUUCCUCUUAACUAGUGUAGCGAACUAGCGAAAGACUGAACUACUUUGCUAACCCACCGUUACCUUUUAUAUCCCGCAGCCUCGAUGUCACGCAAUCACCAACUUGAAGGGUAUUAUCCUGGCCAUGCAUGUUUCUUAUACAAUAUUUUCAGUUUUACAUAAAACAUCAAAAUGCCACCGCGAGGCUGAAGAAUAGGUGCGUUCGAAAACUAUUAGCAAACUAGUUAAUGUAAAUGUUACACGGGAUAUAUGGGGUUUUCUCAUUUGGACUAGGAGAGUUAAUUGUUUCCCUAAUGAUUGAAGUGUACAUGUAACAUGCCAGUCUUUACUUUAGUUAAACAUUGUUGUAACAAGUAGCUAGGUUGCCGUCUGUCAAACGACAUCCCUGUUAAGAUGGCUCACUAAGUUCCCUGCUGAUGACCACGCUCUCCGCCUGUCCUCAUAUUUUUACACUUUGUCUCAUAUUUUUAGUUUGUCGCCGAUGGCAUCUUCAAAGCCGAACUGAACGAGUUUCUCACAAGAGAGUUGGCUGAGGAUGGCUACUCCGGUGUGGAGGUUCGUGUCACCCCAACUAGAACUGAAAUCAUUAUCCUGGCUACCAGGUGAGAUCAAAACCACAGAGGACUAGUGAUGGCCAUCUACUCAAUACUGACCACUUGAUUUAUUGUAUCAUGAGAUUGUUGAAAGCAUGUUCCACUCCAAAAUCAAAGUUUGUUGGAUAUUUUGACCUCAAAAGUUGUCUGUCAAGAUUAAUCCACGUUAUUGGUUGUGCAAUAUGCCUCAACUCAAAAUGAAUAGAAAUGCUUAACACAGCAAAUCAGGAAAUUACAUGAUGCAAAUCUGUUCCCUUCAUUUUGGAUUGUGGCACAUAGCUGUAUCCAGUGACAAAACAUGUUUUUUUUUUACGAGGGAUCGCUGUUCGUGGUGAAUGAAAUAACGUUCCCUAUAUUUUCAAAUCAUUUUCUGCAACAGCUGGGUACGCUAAUAGGAAACGUUCUCUUUCUCCAGGACACAGAACGUGCUUGGUGAGAAGGGGCGUCGUAUACGUGAGCUGACUGCAGUGGUCCAGAAGAGGUUUGGCUUCCCAGAGGGCAGUGUUGAGGUAAAUUAUAUUUCAGAUCAUAUCAGAUGGAGGAAAGGUCCGACUGCAGGAUAACUUACAGUGCAUCUUGCACAGUGCUGUUCUUUCCCCCCCCUGCACACAGGAACCUGUUUGAGGGGUGGUGAGUGACUAUAAAGUUGAUAUUUGCUUGUUCCUUGUCAAAUACUACCAGUAAUUCUACCAUUGUUGUCUCAUUGUCCCCAAAACGGUGUUCUGUACUGAGGUUUGCACCAUACUGUCUGAGUGUGUUUUAUGUAACUUGCCAUGUCUGUUUCCGCUGCCAUCAGCUGUAUGCUGAGAAGGUUGCCACACGUGGUCUGUGCGCCAUCGCCCAGGCAGAGUCUCUGCGCUACAAGCUUCUCGGGGGUCUGGCUGUCCGCAGGUUAGGAUCUUUGACUUAAAAAAAAAAAUGCUGCCUAGGGAUAGUACUUGAUUCAAGGUUCGUAUUCAUGAUUGUGUUUGAUUGCUAAUAUCGAGUACACGUACUCUGAAUUUAGAAAUGCAACUAUUUAGCAGGUUAAAUUUAUAUGCACUGACAUUUCAAACUUUAAGAUGUUUGUGGAGUAUGUCAAGUGCAGUGAAAAUGGUAAGCUUAGUUUUCAGUUGUGUAUUAGAACAACCAUUAAUUGGAACUGACAGCGUACUGUAAACUUUAUGCCUUUAGCCCCAGUUCACCUUUAUAACACUUAACGAAUAGUUAUCAUGAAUACGCAAAUGAAAAGGUAGUGUAGUGUUAAACCUCUUGUGAAUACAGUUAUUCCUUAGUUGCAACUGGAAGAUCCUGUUGUUGUGAAAGUCAAUAUUUUACACUUCUAACUGGUGGGAUGAAUAGUGUUUAGGAGAUCAAGACUAUAAGUAUCUCUUGAAUGUCACUGUAAUAUUGGAAAAUUUGAUAUUUUUCAUGGCACUGUCUGGGGAAGUUGAAGACAGCACUUGUAAGAUUAUAUGUUGUUUCUAAUGCUGCUCGUUUUUGUGUUGCAGAGCCUGCUAUGGUGUCCUACGGUUCAUCAUGGAGAGCGGGUCCAAGGGUUGCGAGGUAGUGGUCUCUGGAAAGCUCAGGGGCCAGAGGGCCAAAUCCAUGAAGUUCGUGGAUGGCCUCAUGAUCCACAGUGGAGACCCCGUUAACUACUACGUCGACACCGCUGUCCGCCACGUGCUGCUCCGUCAAGGUGAGUUCACCCAGGGGUUUCAUGCUUGAUUCACACUAUACAGUGCCUUCAGAAAGUAUUCAUACCCCUUGAUGUAUUCCACAUUUUGUUACAGCCUGAUUACAAAAUGUAUUAAAUAUUUUUUAAAGUAACUUAUCUACACACAGUACCUGAUAAUGGGAAAAAGUGAAAACAUGUUUUUAGACACAUUUGCAAAUUUAUCUCAUUUGCAUAAGUAUUCACACCCCUGAGUCAAUACUUUGUAGAAGCACCUUUGGCAGCGAUUACAGCUGUCUUUCUGUCUCUAAGAGCGUUGCACCCAUGGAUUGUGCAACAUUUAACCAUUAUUCUUUUCAAAAUUGUUCAAGCGUUGUCAAAUUGGGUUUUGAUCAUUGCUCGACAACCAUUUUCAGAUUGCCAUAGAUUUUAAAGUAGAUUUGGGUCAAACUGUGACUUGGCCACUCAGGAACAUUCACUGUCUUCUUGGUAAGCAACUCCAGUGUAGAAAUGGCCUUGUGUUUUAGGUUAUUGUCCUGCUGAAACUUGAAUUUUAGGGUAUUGUCCUGCUGAAACGUGAAUUAACCUGGAAAAACUGCCCAGUCCAUAAAGAUUUCCAACAUACACAUAACAUGAUGCAGCCACUACUAUGCUUGAAAAUAUGGAGCGUGGUACUCAUUAAUGUGUUGUAUUGGAUUUGCCCCAAAAAUAACACUUUGGCCUCCUGAGUGGCGCAGCGGUCUAAGGCACUGCAUCGCAGUGCUUGAGGCGUCACUACAGACCCGGGUUCGGUCCCAGGCAGUGUCACAACCGGCUGUGACCGGGAGACCCAUGAGGCGGCGCACAAUUCACCCAGCGUCGUCUGGGUUAGGGGAGGGUUUGGCCGCCUGCAAGCUGACUUCGGUCGCCAACUGGACAGUGUUUCUUCUGACAAAUUGGUGCGGCUGGCUUCCGGGUUAAGCGAGCUGUGUGUCAAGAAGCAGUGCGGCUUGGCAGGGUCGUGUUUCGGAGGACGCAUGGCUCUCGAGCUUUGCCUCUCCCGAGUCCGUAGGGGAGUUGCAGCAGUGGGACAAGACUGUAACUACCAAUUUGAUAUCACGAAAUUGGGGGAGGAAAAAGGGGUAAAAAUAACAAUUACACAAAAACAAAAUUAUAACCAACAAAAAUAAAUAUUUAAAUAACACUUUGCGGUGUUACUUUAUUUAGUCUUGUUGCAAACAGGAUGCAUGUUUUUGAAUAUUUUCUGUACAGGCUUCCUUCUUUUGACUGUCAAUUAGGUUAGUAUUGUGAAAUAACUACAAUGUUGUUGAUCCAUCCUCAGUUUUCUAUCAUAGCCAUUCAACUCUGUAACUGUUUUAAAGUCACCAUUGGCUUCAUGGUGAAAUCCUUGAGCGGUUUCCUUUGUCUCAGGCAGCUGAGUUAGGACAUAUGCCUGCAUCUUUGACUGGGUGUAUUGAUACACCAUCCAAAGUGCUUAAAAAAAAAAAAAUCCAUCUACCAAGGCAUUGGAAAACCUCCCUGGUCUUUGUGGUAGAAUUUCUGUUUUAAAUUCACUGCUCGACUGGGGGACAUUACGGAUAAUUGUAUGUGUGGUGUACAGAGAUGAGUCACUGAAAUCAUGUUAAACACUAUUAUUGCACAGUCCAUUCAACCUUUUUAAAGCAUUUUUUUAAAGGCUUGCCAUAACAAAGGGGUAGAAUACUUAUUGACUCAACACAUUUCAGCUUUUCAGUUUUAAUUAAUUUGUAAACGUUUCUGAACAUAAUUCCACUUUUACAUUAUGGGGUAUUGUGUGUAGGCCAGUGACACAAUCUCAAUUUAAUCAAUUUUGAAUUCAGGCUGUAACACAACAAAAUGUGGAAAAAUGAAGGGGUGUGAAUACUUUCUGAAGGCACUGUCUUCACUGGCCUCUUUACGCAUCCAACAUGGUUGCUAGAACUGUGCUGAAAUGGACAAUGAGGCUAUAUCCCAAUGAUCUCUUAUUCAUCCAAAAGUGUGCACUUGUUCACGUCCUUUCACUGAUUUGAAAGGAAAUGGUUGGUAUAAGAAAUAUGGUUGAAACUAGCCCAUGCCUCCACCAAUCCAAUGUUUUUAGAUUUGUGGGAGGUAGUGAACGAGUGUACACUUAAGGACAAAGGCGAUAUUACAGGAAGGCACAAAGUGAGAAUAAAUUAUCCAAGCUAGCUCUGUAUGGUUGGGGUCUGCCCUAUGGUGUGAAUCAAGCAUUAGUGAUGGGCCAGACCAUGACCAAGAGGACGUGUUAUGCAACAGUACCAAAAUAAUUAAAGUGAUGAAAUGGUGACUAAUAUUUGGGGUGCAAUCUGUUCUGCCUAUCCAAAGGUGUGCUGGGGAUUAAGGUGAAGAUCAUGCUGCCCUGGGAUCCCAGCGGUAAGAUUGGCCCCAAGAAGCCUCUCCCCUGACCACGUGAGCAUCGUGGAGCCCAAGGACGAGCAGGUCCCCUCUACGCCCAUUUCUGAGCAGAAGGGAGCCAAGCCGGAGGCCGCUGCCGUCGCACCUGCCACACCCGUCCCAACAGCAUAA